AUGGGGAAUGAAAAUAAUCAAGAAUUAUUUGUGAAAAAUACAUUAAAUGCUACAAAUCAAAAUAUAACUCCUAAAUUGGAUAUGAAUUUUCACGUUACAGCAUGUUCUAGACAGGGUGGUAGAAAAUAUAUGGAAGAUAGAUGUCAAUUAGAUAUGAAAAGAAAUAAAAAUGGUGAAUUGGAAUAUAUUUUUGGUGGUGUAUAUGAUGGCCAUGGGGGUGAUGAAGCAAGUAUAUAUACUAGAUGUCACUUACUUGAAAACAUAAAAUUAGGAAAAUAUUUUUUAAGUGACAAUGAAGAUGAAUUUUUACAAGCUAUAAAAGAUGGUUUUCUAAUUACCCAUAAUAAUAUGGAACAGGAGCAUGUUAAAUGGAAGAAAAGUCAAAAGGGUUAUAAUUCUACAGCAGGUACCACAGUCACGACAAUGUUUAUAAGAAAUAAAAAAGUUUACAUUGGACAUGUUGGUGAUUCAGCAAUUUUUGUAGUAAGACGAAAUCGUAACUUAGAUAGCCUUUAUGUUGAAAUGGUAACAAAAGAGCAUAAACCCAAUGAUAGGACAGAACUAGAAAGGAUACAUAAUCAUGGAGGAAAAGUGGCUAGAAAAAGUAAUUGUCAUCGUGUUGUUUGGCAACGUUCUCAGAAUCCUUCUUCUACCUUGACAGAGCCUGAUUUUGAUGUACCUUUCUUAGCAAUAUCUCGUUCAUUGGGAGAUUUUUGGAGUUACAACCAUAAAACUAAUAGAUAUAUAGUUAGUCCUGAACCAGAUUGUUUUACAAUAAAAAUAGAAGAUGACUUUGUAGGUUUUAUUUUAUGUAGUGAUGGUGUAACAGGAGUUUUAUGUGAGGAACAUAUAGCUAAAAUAAUAAAUGAUGUAAAACGUGGAAAUCAAGAAAAUUGUAAUGAAAGUGGACUUGACAGAAAUAAUUAUGCAAGACUUAUUGUCAAAACCGCUUUAAAUCAGCAUGGUUAUUUUAAAUCUGAUAAUAUCACGGCAAUCGCAAUAAUGUGCAAUAAUACUGGUAAAGAAGAUAAUGAUUUAUUUAGAAAAAAUGAACAAUCAUUGAUUCCCUUUAAUUUAGAUAAAGAAUUAACUACCUAUCCUAAAGAUUGUGUUAUUAUCACAGCAAAGUCACAGAAAAGGUUUCAUACUACAGAAGUAAAUAUUUGUUAUAAAGGAUUAAAGGAUUUAUCAUAUGAAAAUUUAUCAUCUGCUAUUGGACCAGGCUUUGAAAUUGAAAAAGAAACAAGCAACACAAAUGUAAAGAAAAGGAUUGGUGUAACUAGUGAUGGAGGAUAUGUUUUUUAUGAAAAACCUUGUUUUAUAAAAAUAUCAAAAGAUCAAAAAGAAAUUUUAAAUAUAUUAGGAAAUGAUUUUAAAGAAGAAGAUAUGAAAUCUUUAUCAAUGAAAAAAAUUGAUCAAAAAAUACUUUGUUUUUAUCAUGGUUAUACUUGUAGACGUUGUACAUUUAUGGAUUUUAGAAUUAAUUUAGCUAAAUCAAAGUAUAUAGAUGUUUCAAAAAAUAUCAUCGAAAAAGAAGGCAAUGGAACAUUCAGUAAAAGUGCUGAUAAUCUUGAGAAAUUACAAUACGUUGAUGAUAAUGAAAUAGCAUCUAAGAAGGUAAUUAAAGAAGAAUAUGGAACUUUUACUACUAAAUUAAAUCGAUCAAACAAAAGAAAAGAAAAAUAUGCUUUUAUGAGAACAAGUGCUUCAAAAACAGCACGAAACAUAAAUAAAGCGUUUGGAGAGAAUUUAGUAAGUCGUGCUACUGCAAAAAGAUGGUUUAAGAAAUUCAAAGAAGGAGAUGAAAGCCUUAAGAAUGAGGAGCGUGGGAGACCGGAUUCAGUGAAUAAAUUAUUAUCUAAUAAAAGAUGUAUUAAAAACCGAUAA